AUGCUCGCAUCGAGCCUCCUGAUUGGCCUGCUUGGGAUGCUAUUGCCGUCACUCACUCUGGGAAAGCCUAUGCGGCGGGCCAUGCAGCCCUCCGUUGGGUUCACGCUUGUGGGGCCCGCAUCUCCUGACACCGUCCUUUCUCUUCGUAUUUCGCUCGUUCAAAACAACUAUACUGGACUUAUAGAUGCGCUGUACGAUGUCAGCACGCCCUUCAGCGCGAACUAUGGCGCGUAUCUUAGCAAGGAACAAGUUGGGGCGUACAUGGCACCGGCAGCGGAGAGCACCUCGGCCGUGAAUACCUGGCUCAGCGAGAACGGAUUACAAGCGAGGAACAUUUCUGGAGCUGGCGACUGGCUCUCCGUGCAGAUACCUGUUAGCACGGCCAACGAUUUGUUAGACGCGAACUUCUCUACGGUGCGCAGGCUCGCCUACUCGAUUCCUUUGGAUUUCGCAGACCACAUUGACCUCAUACACCCUACUGUAUCGUUCCCGAACGCGUAUGGACAUGUGCCUGCCCUGCAAACGUCCUUUUCCUCAACUCCAGUUGAGAAUGCCGAUACAGGCCCGUGCAACAUCAGUCUCGUCACCCCCACGUGCCUGCAGUGGUUGUAUGGCAUCCCUGCUACACCCGCGACGAGCCACGGGAAUGGUCUGAUUGUAUCGGGACUCGUCGAAGACUGGCCGCAAGAGGCGGAUCUCAAAGCAUUCUUGACUGAAUAUCGUCCUGACAUGGAUCCUGCGACGGCAUGGACGCUUGUCUCGCUGGACAACGGCACGGAUCCUCAAGAGGCUGAAGAUGCAGGCAUGAAAGCGAACCUCGACGUCCAGUAUACUAUGGGGAUCGCAACGGACGUGCCCGUAACUUUCAUCACUGCCGGCAAUGACGAUAAUCCCACGAGCGACAAGUUCGCAGAGGUCAUCCUCGACACGGCCACCUAUAUUCUGGGGCUUCCAUCGCCUCCACAGGUGAUUACAACGAGCUACGGAGACGACGAAGACAACGUUUCCGAGAAACUCUCAAACAAAUUGUGCAGCGCCCUUGCAGCCUUGGGGGCGCGCGGCAUCUCCGUAAUCUGGAUCUCUGGUGACGGUGGUGUGUCUGGUCUGCACUGGCCGGAGGAGACAUGCACGACGUUCAUCCCGACAUUCCCAUCUGGAUGCCCCUACCUCACCUCCGUGGGCGGAACGUAUCUCAUCCCCGAGCAAGCCGUCAAUUUCUCCAGCGGUGGCUUCUCCAACUACUUCGCGCGGCCCGCCUACCAAGACGCCGCCUACCUCGACUACCUCGGCGACACCAACGCGGGCCUGUUCAACUCAACCGGGCGCGCGUACCCGGACGUCGCGGCGUAUGCAUCGCACUUCGCGUACAUCAACGCGGGCGAGGAGACGCCGGGGAGCGGGACGAGCGCCGCGGCGCCGCUCUUCGCGAGUGUGAUCUCGCUGCUGAACGACGAGCUCCUCGCGGCGGGCCGCUCGCCGCUGGGGUUUUUGAACCCGUGGUUGUACUCGACGGGAAUAUCGGCGCUGAACGAUAUCACAGUUGGGAAUAACUACGCCUGCUCGGACUUCACUACGGGGUUCAACGCCUCGGCUGGAUGGGACCCGGUGACGGGGUUGGGCACCCCGAACUACCCAAAGCUGAAAGCGGCGCUGGGCUUAUAG